GUUCUUCUGGACUUGGACUUGGACUUGGACCGGAUCACGAUUCACGAGCGCAUUACAAGGAAGAGUGGAGAGUCCUCUAGCCGUGCAUUGUUUCAAGGACUUUCAUUCAUUGGUCAUUUAUUGGCCGUUCUUUUUCAAUCUUCGACAGCUUUUUAAGUUUCUAGUAAUAUCAAAAGGGACCCAAGUAGUAAAAUCCAACCCGUUUGAUUUGCCCGGUUUUGGGAGUCCGAGGGAAAAAAGAGGAGCCCACAUACUUACUUUACAUUGCGACUUACUAGGUUAGUAUAAUUUUCCCUUGCCCCCCGGAAGAGGGACCUUCUUUCCCACACUACCUGAACUUUUUGGCAAUAUUUGCUCUCUUUGCUCUCUUUGCUCUAUUGCUACCCUAAGUAGGUCCGCUAACUGCCGCUCUGCCACACAGGACCAUACAGACCAUACAGACCAUACAUAUCAUUUCAAUAAUUUCAAAUUUUGAUGAAAAUGACAACAAACUUACAGCAUUAGAUGGGAAAAAAAGAGGACAAAGCUGAACUUGGGUUAAUAAACUUUUCUGUUGGUAAUUCGAUUUCCUCAUUUAUUCAUACAUUCAUACAUUCAUACAUUCAUACAUGCAUACAUACAUGCAUUCAUUCAUUCACUCACUCGAAUCUCGACUCUUGAUUAUUACGACUGUCCCUUCAAAUUUCAACAUCAAACAAACAUCGCCCCAGUACAUCCAUUCACUUGAUUCAAAUAUGUCAGCAAUUCAAUUUUGAGGUUCCUCAAAACCUUUCAAGGUUCCCACAUCUCCCGAUUCGCCUCUACCACCACCACCACCACCACCACACCAUAUCAUACACAUUUUGGUACAUGCGAUAACACCAUGAUCGAGAAUUCACACGACGUUAAUAAUUUCAAUUCCACCACUAUCUGCUGCUUUACACCACCAUAUCUGUGAUAAUUGUCAUAGUACCUAAAAUAAAUUGACGGCCGAAUUAAAGAAGCUGGCGCAUCUAUCUACGGAACAACCCCCCAUCGAAGUUUUUGAAAGAAGGUACCGCCGCCAUACUUGGUGUGUGGUUGGCAACAUUAAGGGCAAGGUCAAGGGCAAGGACGAUCUCUCGUCACCAUGAUUUGGUACCUCCUUUAUCCAUUUCGAGGGUAAGUGAUUUAAUUGAUGAACAAGCUUGUCCGGAGCUCGUAACUCUAAUUAUGCUUGUCUAUCAGAACUACGGAACCUCCAGAUCUUGACCAUAGACAUCCUAUCCGAGACCGAUUUACUCGUUUUGGAUACAAUGUCGCAAAGCACUCAAUCGCCGCAAUCACUUUCUCUGCCAUCAUCGCAACAUUACUCAUAUUCCCCUUCCCAUUCCUCUUCACGAAUGACUUUACAAGUGGCGCAUCAAAUUUACCACAUCAUGUCUGGUCUUCAGCGCAACCCCUCAAGGCAUUGGACGAUACCAGGAAACCGGAUGUGGUCAUGCGAUCGAUUUGGGUACAUGGUGUGUUAUUUUCUCGGAUUGUGUAGGAAGGGAGGCUAAUACUGGGAUAGGGAGCUAUAUGAAGGCUUUACAAUCAGAUGUUCUCCAAACAGCAUUGGAGAUCCAAGACAAAAUUUUGGGUCCCACUGUCGACUUUAACCCUCGCAAAGCAGGUAAUCAAGUUCUGAUUAACGAUACACAGAACGAAAUGUCAGUGGAUACCCGGGAUGCCUUUCACGCAGCCAAUGGUCUAUCAAACUCAUCUUGGUUCUUUCAUUCCCCUCUACAAUAUUGGUCAUGCUCGAAGGAUGCCAUCUCAGCCGAUGACGACAUUAUAAGGACAGUCAACAAAAAUCUACACCAAUCGACCUCAGUCAAUGUUACCUUGAGACACUCUAUUGUUUUCAGUGGCAAGCGCUUUGAGGACCACCGGCUAGUGGCUGCAGAUGCAUUGGUCAUAACCUUAGCUCACAUGUUGGAUUCCCCUGUCGGGAAAUAUUGGGAACGAAGAGCAGCUCAAAUAGCAGCCGAGGGUUCUGACAAGUGGCGCCUAAUUCCUUCUGAUGGUCGUUCCAUAAGAAGCACCCCCUAUGAAUUUUUGUUUCAGCCCACUGCCACUUGGGAAUUCCUUGCAUUGGCCAUCGCUUAUGUCAUGGGCGCAUGGUGGUUUGUAGCAACCUUAUGGGGUUUGCGAGCUCUCAAAUCAAGACUGGGUCUUCUCAUUGCGGCCACUACUCAAUUGGCGUUUACAUUUACUUCAACGUUUACCAUCUGCGCUAUUGUCAAAACCGAUCUAUCUAUGAUACCAAGAGAAUACUACCCUUUAAUUGUGGUUUUUUGCGGUACCGAAAAUAUGCUUCAACUUGUCAGAGCUGUGAUUAUCACGCCCUCAUCACAUCAUCCGACUCUUAGGUCAGCGGAAGCUUUUGGAAAGAAUGGUCAUAUAUUCCUUGCAAACACGGGCCAAAGACUUUUAUUCUUGUGUGUUGUAUCAAAAUUCGGAGGCGAAGGACUGGCCACUUUCUGUCGAUUUGCUACCCUUGCAUUAGUUUUUGAUUUCUUCUAUCUACUAAUGUUCUUUGCUCCUAUCCUAAGCAUUGAUGUGCGAAGGCCUCAACUAAAUGACACGCUGUCGGCUUCUCGGGAACGACGUUAUUCAUCACCAGAGAGACCAUCUCCCAAGCCAUGGGUAGAUUUCAUUCUUCAUGGAGGAAGAAUGCCUUCGACUCGUAUGGUCGGUACCUUGGUACUCAUUUUUGCAGUACUAAUAUGCCAGUGGCACUUCGACGAAGGCAUUCUACAAAGCAGCAAACAUUUAUUGCGUGCAUCAUCGACAGCUUCUGCAUCAGUUCUAGAGGUCGACAUUCAUCAAGCCAGGACUCCGACUGCCUGGCUCCGAUUACAAGAUCAUGAAACUGUCCAUGAGCUUGUAAGCAUUAUUAAACCACAUGCUCAUAGUUUUGUUGCUCAAGUUUAUGAUCCUCUAGUUUUCGUAUUGAACGGCUCAGACCGAACUCCAAAUACACUUGGUGUCAGAUCAUUCCUCCCGGCGUUCUAUGACUUUAUCGAAAAUCAAUCCCUCCACUUUCUCUUGUUUGUUUUCAUCACUGGCGUGGCUGUCAAUCAAUUCAUCAAAUAUCUUUUGUCUGAUGAACCAUCUGACGAUGAAAACCACGAAGGUCACGAUGAUGAACCCCUAUUAUCGGUUAAAACAUUUGGCUCUGGCCAUGCUCUGGAUGUUGUCCUAAUGACAGCUUCUCGUGAUGGAAUUAUCGUUUCAGUCGGUCUGGACAGAUGGAUCCGUGUUUGGGAUGCACAGCAUGCUGGCAGAAGUUACGUAGUUGAAGAUCCCGGAUCCAAUAUUGACCCAUUUCCUGUUUUAGCCAUGGCGAUCGACAACGAUUCCAACUGGCUCGCGAUACUUUCAAAGAAAAUGGUCGCCUUGUGGAAUAUUCCCGAACGAAGAUGGGGCCCAACAAUGGCCGUAGAUGUCAAAGGACGAACACCAGAGGCUUUUUUCUUUAGCCAGAACGAGGUUGAACUGAUCGACCCAGUUAUCAUCGUGCGCCAUAACGGUCUUAUGACAGAACUUCACAUGGAAGAUGAUGUUGCGAAGGAAUUACAGAUAUGUCGCACCCCACUCGUUUGUGUCGAACCACAUCUAGAGAAAGUCGUUACAAAUGGCUGCGUACCACCUCCAAAAAUCAUCACUGCAUCAAAACGUGGGUGUGUUCAUGUUGCGGUUCAAGAAACAUCUGGUUGGGUCUCAUAUGAUCUCAGGCUUCCUUGGGUAUCAGAUGACAAAGAUGUCAAUUCCAUCCUUCCAUUGCCGGCACUGUCUUCCUUCCUUGCUAUACGCGACCACAGUGUUGAUCUUGUCGACAUUUAUACUCAUAAUGUGACUCACUCCUUUGUUACCGAGAAUAUCAAGCCUGGAACAUUACAAUGUGUCCAUUCGACAAGACGGAGGCCACAGUGUGGCUCGGUCGGUUUGGGUUCAUUUGCAUUUAUGUAUACUUGCAUUGAAACCGGCAAUCUCAUGAUGCAAUCGUAUUUGCCUAGUAGGGAAGGCGAUACUAUAUGCUUCCGUGACCCUGAUAAACCAGGUUCUAAAACAUGCUGUUUAUGGCGCGAGACUGUAGAGCGGAGGUUUAGCAUUGAAAAUCCGGGUGAUUGGCAAGCACUUCAAUCGGGCUAUGUGGUAGGAGUGCGGAAAUUGCAGGAUCGAGGCAAACAAGCGACGGGCAAUCAACUUUCGGGAUCUAUUGGUGGCGGUGGGCUCCGACGACGUGGUGUUCCUGACAGAAAAUCCCAUAAUGGCCAUCCGGAAGGAAAGAAUGAUGGCUGGGAGGUUUGGAGUUUGGGAUCGAGGGGGGAUGAAACUUCUGUGCCAUUAAACUCAGUAUACGAUCAGGUCCUGCUUGUUGGCAAACUUGGUCCCGUCACGAAAGUUGGUACGAAUAGUAUCGUUGUCGCAUUGGGAAAUGUCGUCAAACUUAUCACUGUCGGUCAUGAACGUUACGAUCGCGUUGGUAAUGAAUCUGAUGAAACUUUCGUAGGCAUGGCACCUGCUGCGAAUAGGAGGAAGCGACCUGUUCUUACUCGAAAGAGAACAGACUGAUAUGCAAAAUCUCUGUAUCCUUUUUAAGAUAUCAUUUAUGUUUAUUUGCGAUUUGCAUCGGGGAGGGAAGGAUGAUACCCAUUAUAUGGACAAAAAGGCGUUUCCGAAAUGAAUUGAUACAGGCUUUUCCAUGGUCCAGAAAGUGGCGUUCAUGGAUGAAAAUGUUUUUACUUCUCACUCUUUUUUUUUUGGCGAUUACAAGGCGUUGGUGGAUAUAGUGGCAUCUAUAUCAAAGUUUCAAGAGGUCAUGGUUACGGUGAAUGUCAGGCUUUUAGGCAUGCCAAGCUCAGAUUUAUUGAUGCAUUCUUCCAUGAUUUUGAUCAUGAUCCAGCAGGCUUGCUUGAAUAGGAUGAAGAUGGAUCUUUUAGGAAUAGCCUACAAACGGUAGUCAGCCAGCCGACCGACUGGUAUUGGCACUAAAGUAAAGAAGAAAAAAAACCAUGAUAAUUAGUUGAUACAUAUCUGAUUGUGGUAAAGUGACAAUG